GAAUUGACUAUCAUCACCUCCUCAUCUCCCUCGCCACCAACCCAUUACCCACACCACCCACCACCAGCCACCCACCAUUCCUUUCUCGGAAUGCUCCAAAUUACCCUCUCCUUCUUCAACCCCUUCCUCUAACAAUUUCCGAUUCUCUUCCCCUUCAUCACUCGCGCCAGAUCCAUUCAAUUCAAUGCAAGACCAAUCCUCUUCUUCAUCCAAGACCGCAGAUUUGGAUGCUCCUCUUCACGCUAUUGGCUUCGAGAUUCAAGACCUGUCGCCCCACCGCGUGGCCGGCCGUCUCCCUGUCACCCAUAAAUGCUGCCAGCCUUUCAAGGUGUUACAUGGAGGGGUUUCCGCCAUGAUCGCCGAGGGUCUGGCAAGCAUGGGAGCUCACAUGGCUUCUGGUUUUAAGAGGGUGGCCGGAGUUCAGCUCAGCAUCAAUCAUCUCAGGCGUGCCGAGCUCGGUGACUUGGUCCAUGCCGAAGCCACCCCUCUUCAUGUUGGCAAGAGCAUUCAGGUGUGGGAGGUGAGAAUCUGGAAGAUAGAUCCUUCAAACUCUCAAAAUAGAUCCUUGGUAUCAUCGUCCAGGGUAACUCUUCUAAGCAACAUGCCAGUCCCGGAUCACGCAAAAGAUGCUGACAAAGCACUCAAGAAGUAUGCAAAACUGUGAAUAUUUAUAUGGUUUGAUUCGUAAGUGCAAUUCUUCUGUAACCUGAAUUGCAUUAAGUCAAAAAACAAAAAAACAAAAAAUUCCUACAAUGCACAACAUUAUCAUAUCGUGUUUCUUGUAUUGUCGUAUAUAUGAACAAGGAAAAAUCUUGCAACU